AUUAAGUUGAAGCUAAAAGGAACUGAAACCAACACCUUACCGCCUAAACGAAAUGGCAGUUAGGCCUAAACUAUCUUCUCUGUCUCGCUCUCGUUCACCAUCACUGCACAACAACAACCUCAGCCUCUCCGAACAAAUCUUACCCAUACUGGAUCCAACCCACCCCAUCUUAUUCUUGCUUGACUCAUGCGCCGGCAUUCGACAGUUCAACCAGGUCCACACCCAGCUCCUCGUUUCUGGAAUCUUCCAGAACCCUCUCGCAGCUGGCAGGGCGAUCAAGAAGCUCUGCUCUGACCCCCUCACUGCCCCACGUGCCACUCACCUGUUCGAUUACGUGCGCCAGCCUGAUGCUUUCCUCUGCAACACCAUCAUGCGGAGCCACGCUCGCAGGGGCGAUUCCUCCGGGGCGCUUCGCUUCUACUACGACAGAAUGAUCUCCCGCUGUGUCGAGCCAAAUCACUACACGUUCCCGAUUCUGAUCAAGAUUUCUGGGGAUGUUGGGUCCGUGGGAGAAGGGGAAAAAGGGCAUGCCAGGGUUGUGAAAUUCGGGUUUGAAUCAGAUUUGUUUGUUAGGAACUCACUGAUACGGAUGUACUCGGUUUUUGGGAGGGUUGCGGAUGCACGUGCGGUGUUUGAGGGAAGUUCUGUGUUGGAUUUGGUGAGUUAUAACUCGAUGAUAGAUGGGUAUAUGAAGAAUGGAGGAAUUGGAGAUGCUCGCCAGUUGUUUGAUGAAAUGCCAGAGAGGGAUGUUUUUAGUUGGAAUUCGCUGAUCGCAGGGUAUGUGGAAGUUCGUGAUUUGGAGUCUGCGAAUGAGUUGUUUGAGAGAAUGCCUGUCAGAGAUGUAGUGUCUUGGAAUUGUAUGGUUGAUGGGUAUGCAAGGAUUGGGGAUGUUUUUAGGGCUCUUGAGUUGUUUGACCUGAUGCCUGUGAGGAAUGUAGUUUCGUGGAAUUCCAUGUUGGCAUUGUAUGUGCGGGUCAAGAAGUUCAGUGAGUGUUUGAGAAUGUUUGAGAGGAUGAUGGAGAGUGGCGAAGUUGUGCCAAAUGAGGCUACCAUGGUGAGCGUGCUGACAGCAUGUGCUAAUUUAGGGAGGAUUGAUAUGGGCAUUUGGGUUCAUUCUUUUAUCAAAAGUAGGAACAUUAAACCUGAUGUCUUGCUUUCAACCUGUCUUCUGACAAUGUAUGCAAAAUGUGGGGCUAUGGAUCUGGCUAGAGAUGUUUUUAACAAGAUGCCAGUUAAGAGCAUUGUAUCAUGGAACUCUAUGAUCAUGGCAUAUGGCUUGCAUGGCAGUGGGGACAAAGCUUUGGAACUAUUCUUGGAGAUGGAGAAGUCAGGUCUGCAGCCAAAUGAUGCUACUUUCAUUAGCGUCUUAUCUGCAUGUACACAUGCAGGUAUGGUCAUGGAGGGUUGUUGGUAUUUUGGCCUCAUGUGUCGAGUUUACAAAAUUGAACCCAAGGUUGAACACUAUGGUUGCAUGGUUGAUCUCCUAGCUCGAGCUGGUUUGGUGAAAAACUCGGAAGAUCUUAUAAGAAAGGUCCCCAAGGCUGGAUCUGUAUUAUGGGGUGCAUUGCUUUCUGGUUGUAGGACGCAUAUAGACCUGGAGCUUGGAGAGUUUGCAGCCAAGAGACUUAUUGAGAUGGAACCACUGGAUAUUGGUCCUUAUAUAAUGCUCUCAAACAUCUAUGCUGCUGAAGGGAGAUGGGAUGAUGUUGAACAUGUGAGGCUGAUGAUAAAGGGAAAAGGACUACAGAAAGAAGCAGCACCCCAUUUAGUUCAUCUUGAAGAUUUUGAAUCAGAAUAUUUGAUUAAGAAAAAAGCUGCCUAUAGGAAAAACAUAAUUAACUCACUGCUGGGUGAAUUGGGUGCACGGAUGAAAAUAUCAUUUGGCAAUUCAGUUGACAAAGUUAGUUUCUGAUCUUAGGUGAUCAAUUCGUCGGAAAAACCAGCAUCAUCACCCAAUUCAUGUACGACAAAUUCGUCAACACUAACAGGAAAAGGAGGCAAAAACUACCUCACAGAGCUGCACAGCAGUUAUGUCUCUCAUUCCUUGUUGGAACCAUAUGACAAAAGCCAACUUCAAAAGUUGAUGAUGCAAACAUGAACUCAUAGGGUUUUAUCUGUGUAAAAUUAUAUCAUACCGCCUGUAUUCAAUAUCAACUAUGCCAAGAGCUAAUAGAUAAGGAGCUUUGUCACUGGUCUGAGCCAUCCCACCA